GUCAGAUUAGAUGAGAGAACCGUGCAAGAAGGACCAAAAUAGCAGGAAGGACUCAUUUUAAGCUUUGGGAAAAUUAAUCAUGACUCUCACUGAGAUUCUCUUCAUCUUGACUGGGACAUGCACCAUCCUGGUUUUUGGAUGGAAACUAGUAUACCUUCUUAUGAUGCUUGCUCCGAAGCUCUUCUGUCCUCUUUCUGAAUCUUUUUUCACCUCGAUGGGGAAAUGGGCAGUGGUCACUGGAGGGUCAGAUGGAAUAGGCAGAGCAUAUGCAGAAGAGCUUUCAAAACUAGGUAUGAAUGUGAUCAUCAUCAGCAGAAAUCAAGAGAAGCUUGACAGAGCAGCCAGAAAGAUCGAGCUCACUACAGGAGGGAAAGUCAAAGUAAUAGCUGCUGACUUCACCAAAGACGAUAUACAUGGACACAUUAAAGAAAUCAUUGAGGGUUUGGAUAUUGGUAUUUUAGUGAACAACGUUGGGAUUCUACCGAGCCAAAUACCCUGCAAGCUACUUGAAACGUCUAAUUUGGAAGAAAGAAUACAUGCUGUUAUCAACUGCAAUGUAAAAGCCAUGGUUAAGAUGUGCAGAAUUGUCCUACCAGGAAUGCAGCAAAGAGGAAAAGGAGUCAUUCUGAAUGUGUCUUCUGGAAUAGCCAAAAUACCCUGCCCUCUUUACACUUUGUACUCAGCAUCAAAGGUUUUUGUGGAGAGAUUUUCACAGGGUCUUCAAGCUGAAUAUAAAUCCAAGGGAAUUAUUAUUCAGACAGUGGCUCCUUUUGGGGUUUCAACGUCAAUGACGGGACAUCAGAAGCCAGAUAUGGUUACAUUCACAGCUGAGGAGUUUGUGAGGAGCUCAUUGAAGUAUCUGAGGGCUGGUGACCAAACAUAUGGCAGUGUCACUCAUACCAUAUUGGGCGGGAUUGUGCAGUCCAUUCCCACCUGGGUCCUGCACAAUGAAGCGUUUCAGCAUCAUUUUAAGGAAUAUGUGAAGGAAAGGGUCGAAAGCUGAGUUGAGUUGUCAUUCUCAAAGUAUAGAGUAAAUAGUAUUGAACAUUUAAACACUACAACUGUUGUGUUUGUUUGCACUAAUUAUGACAAUACAGAAUGCAAAAAUAAAAGACUGUAAAAGAAAGUGUGAGGACGAAACAACUGACAGGCCACGGUCUUUCAAAAUAUGCCAUAUCAGUGUUGAUAAUGGGAUGUAAUAAUUAUUAAUCAUAAUCAUAUCAGUAGACAGGAGAUAGUUGAGCAGAACCGACCUUGAUAACAAGGUCAGUUUCACAAAGGCCGAAUGACAGUCGAAGAGAUGUGACCUUGUUAUUUUUUUGUCUAUAUUUUAAGAUUAGAAAAUGUUUGGUCUUAUUUAAAGAGCAAAAUCAUGUUUUCAUUUGAAACAUCCAGUGUUUUUGGCGCCACAUAGUGGUUAAAUGCACUUUCACAUGAUUUUUAAAGCUUCAGGAUGAUGUAUUUUUUCUCAUUAUCCCAUUAUUUUGAUGUUUAUGUGACUAAUCAAUCUGUAGCUGCAAUGAUGCACAAGAACGCACAUUUUUUUAUUUUAUUUAUAUUGAUAUAAAUGUUAACAUAUCUUAGAACAAUUUUAAGAACAGUUAAAAGUCUGCAGAUAUGAGUUGACAAAUUUGACCAAAUUCUUCAUUUAACACAAGCAUUACACACUUCACAACGCCACACUCUACAUUCUUAUAGAUCUUGCUGUAAAGUAACUGCAGUAAUUACUUUAUAUCUCAUUUAACUUUAAAAAAGAGCCAUUAGUUUUGUUUCUGACUCUGAUGUGGCCAGCAGAGGGCGUAUUUUUGAUACUGCAACCUGAAGCGCGUCACGUGUAGUGUAUGGAUUCAGAUUUCAAAGAUCUCUUGAAGAUGCUGAGCAGUUAAAGGACACAAACAAGUGCAGUUGGGGGAUUUCCAUUUGAGAUGUAGCUGUUAAUAAAGCUGUUCACCCUUAAGCGUGCUGUCCUGAUUGAAAUACAGCUGACAGGAUAACAAGUUUCCGCUCAUAUUAAAGAGGUUUGUGUUUUUACUACAGGGAACUUCCACUGAUAAUUUAUAAUGAUACUGCCUGUAGCAGAAAAUAAAUUUAUGUGGAACAUGACUAAGUAAUUAAAAUAAAAAAAAACACUGGGAAAUGUAUUGUUCAUCAUGUCUAAGCUAUGCUUGCAUCAGUGAUUUCUGAAAAUGUCACGUUUUUUAAAAAAAAAAAAAACAAGCUUCCAAGUUGCAGAUAAGCAAAAUAAAAGUUAGAAAUUAAAACCCCAAAUCUAGUCACUUUCUCUAAAGUGACGUUUUGGGAAAAAACACCGGCGACGUGGGAUUAGAUGAGCAAGAAAUUAUUCAUACACACACGACUGUUUAAAGAACAAAAACCUGACAAAUGUCUUGAAAUACAUCAUCUGAACAAUGUUUUGAGGUGUGAUAUUCGGAAAAUAAUUGACUCUGCGUCGUUGAAUUAUAGAAAAAUAAUGCGCACCCGAGGCGCAGGGUGUGAAUUAUUGUUCAAUAAUUCAAUGGCCCAUGGUCAAUUAUAGCUACUGUAUGCCUGCGUUCAGUUAAAACAGCUCAAUAAUGCAUUUUAGUCUGGGACUAGGCUUGAGACUUGUCUGUGAAACCGGGGGAUUCGUGUUAUAAAAUUGUACAUGUUUUGUUUACUAAAUUUAACAGCUGCAUGUAGUCAUGAGCCAAAGAAUUGUUUUCAUGUUGGAAAUGUUCUGCUGAAAUAAACAAGCACAAUGUUUUAUGUUUAUAUCAGCAAGAAGAACAUGAAAGUGAGAGGACUGUUUUGUCAUCACUCAACAUCUUACUGCAGUCUCAAUAAGCUUUCUUGUGUGGUCCAGCUUCAAGGGCUUCGAGUCCUAACACACAUAAACAGCAGGCAGAUGUAGGACGACUGACUGUUUACCAAGCUCUCCAUUCUCUAAACAACAGAUGAAAUGACACUGAACUCUGGCAAUCAAACAGAGAAUCUGCCUCAUUCCCCAACAGCUAAAAAAAAAAAAAAAAAAAAAAAAAA